CCAAAACAGUCAACGCCCGGUAUCUUCGUCUUCUCCGCCACAACCCCCCUCCCCACAGAUUCCUCUUCCUCUCAGCUCAGCUCUCCUCCUCUGUAUAAGUAAUCAAAUUCAAAUAAUCUUCAUCCAUCUCUUCCAUGGCGACCCUACUUCUCGGGUCCCACCCUCUUCCUCCCCUCGGCCCCACCAAGCCCCUCUUUUCACCCCCUCCUCCUCCUCCUCCUGUCCCCCGUUCCUUCUUCGGGACCCUCAAUCGGCUUCCGCGUAACCCCGAUGCUAGGGCUCGAACCAGCAAAUUCGGGAACUUCCUCGACCUUACGCCCGAACCGGUCCCUGAUUCCCUGGAGUUCGAUGAGCUAUCCUGGUUCGACCCGAGCGACCGCCGCCAGCGUCGUUUUGACAUGAUCGUGAUCGGUGCAGGGCCUGCGGGACUCAGGCUGGCCGAGCAGGUGUCGAGGUAUGGGAUCCGGUUGUGCUGUGUGGACCCGUCUCCGCUGUCUAUGUGGGCGAACAAUUACGGUUCGUGGGUCGAUGAGUUCGAGAGCAUGGGGCUCGCGGACUGUCUUGACAAGACGUGGGAUAUGACCACUGUGUUUAUCGAUGAGCGCAAGACCAAGUAUUUGGACCGGCCAUACGGCAGAGUCAGCAGGAAGAAGCUGAAAUCGAAGCUGUUGGAAGGCUGCAUUUCGGGCGGAGUUAGGUUUCACGAGGCUAAGGUUUGGGAAAUCCAGCAUGAGGAGUUCGAGUCCUCAAUCACUUGCGAUGAUGGGACCCAACUGAAAGCGAACUUGAUUGUCGACGCGAGUGGAUUCUCAAGCCCGUUCAUUGAGUAUGAUAAGCCGAGAAAUCACGGGUAUCAGAUCGCUCAUGGGAUUCUGGCCGAGGUGGAUUCUCACCCUUAUGAUUUGGACAAGAUGGUGCUCAUGGACUGGAGGGACUCUCAUCUUGGGAACGAGCCUUACCUCCGAGAGAGCAGCUCAAGGUUUCCAACGUUCAUGUAUGCAAUGCCCUUUAGUUCAAAUUUGAUUUUUCUUGAGGAGACAUCUUUAGUCAGUAGGCCCAUGCUAUCUUACUCAGAGGUAAAGAGAAGGAUGGUUGCGAGAUUGAGGCAUUUGGGGAUUCGAGUGACGAGGGUGUUGGAGGAAGAGAAGUGCCUGAUUCCAAUGGGCGGGCCUCUCCUGAAGAUCCCGCAGAGUCUGAUGGCGGUCGGUGGGACUUCUGGGAUUGUCCAUCCAUCCACAGGCUACAUGGUGGCCCGAACACUAGGCCUUGCCCCAGCCCUAGCUGCAGUCAUCGCAGAAUGCCUUGGCUCAGCCAGAAUGAUCCGGGGGAGGCCGCUCCAUCAACGGGUCUGGGCGGGGCUCUGGCCCGUUGAGAGAAGGUGCACUCGGGAGUUUUAUGCGUUCGGGAUGGAGACUCUGCUCAAGCUGGACCUGAACGGGACGAGGAGGUUUUUUGAUGCUUUUUUCAAUCUGAACCCUUACUACUGGCACGGAUUCCUCUCCUCGAGAUUGUCCCUCGGAGAGCUUGCUAUGUUAAGUGUAUCAUUAUUCGGGCAUGCCUCGAAUCUGUCCAGGUUAGAUAUAUUGACUAAGUGCCCUGUUCCUUUGGUUAAAAUGGUCGGCAGUCUAGCACUUGAAACUAUAUGAGAUAGGAGGACAGCGGGAAACCUUUUUGAUUUAGAAGCUUGCAAGAUAUGCAGCCUCAGCUUUAUAAAUUUGUACUGUCAAGUGCAAUUGAGAUUUCAAUGUAUAAUUUUUCACUUCGGUAUUUGAAUAAGAAACACAGUCUUUUCAUACGAA